CAGAAGAUCAUGGACAUGCUGUGCCUGGAGGUGGAAGGCAAGAUGGUCAGUAGAACAGAGGGUAAAAUUGACGACUCACUCACUGGUGGAAAUGCCUUUGCUGAAAGUGCAGAGGGUGAAAGCACAGUAGUCACUGGUGUUGAUAUUGUCAUGAACCAUCACUUGCAGGAAACCAGCUUCACAAAAGAGGCCUACAAGAAGUACAUCAAAGAUUAUAUGAAACCAAUUAAAAGCAAACUUGAAGAACGAAGAUCAGAAAGAGUAAAACUGUUUAUGACAGCAGCUGCAGAACAAAUCAAGCACAUCCUUGCUAAAAACAAAAACUACCAGUUCUUUUUUGGUGCAAAUAUGAGUCCAGAUGGCAUGGUUGCUCUCCUGGACUACUUUGAGGACGGUGUAACCCCAUUUAUGAUUUUCUUUAGGGAUGACUUAGAAAUGGACAAAUGUUAAUGGAUUUGGUGGUUACCCUGGAUCUAUCACUUGUAACUGGCUGCUGCUCGUCAUUCAUACAACAUCAAGAUUUUAGACAAAUGGGAUUGAUGUCAUCUUGAAUGCUUCA